AUGUCAAACUUCCCAAAACUAAUCCCCGCAUUCACAACUAACAUCGUCCUCGACCCUCCCAUCUCAGUAGGCUCCGUCUCCCAUGGCGCCCCCCUCACAAUCGCAACCUUCCGCUCCGAAAACUCCUUCCUACGCUCCGAACCAGAUUAUCCCAUAAAAGUAAACGCGAAAUUCGUUCAUGGGGUAGAUAAUAUCCGACAAGAUCCCUCUGGGAAACACCUUCGGCUCGACGUAACAUCCACCCUCUCCGACACGACCGGCGCCUAUAUCCUGUACAAAUACAGCGGCAUAAUCACGCUAACACCUCAGAUCGGCGCCGUGUUAUCUGGUGCUCCCGAUGCAGCGACGACGGAGUUCGGGAAUGUAGUUACGCAUGUGUUGUUUGAGACGGGGAGUGAGGCGUUGCGGGGGAUGGAGGAGAAAAUCUAUGUGGGGAGCGGCCGAUUUGUGGUGGAGAAGGGAAAGCCGGUUGUGGUUGAGUAUAUGAUUAGUGAGGUUGUGGCUUGA